CGCCCUGCGUUUAACUGCACUCGGGACUCGGCGCGCGCGUGUGUCUGUUCUCUCCAUCGUCAUGGCCGCCGACAUCAGCCAGUGGGCCGGGCCGCUGUCCCUACAGGAGGUGGAUGAGCCGCCCCAGCACGCCCUGAGGGUCGACUAUGGCGGAGUAACGGUGGACGAGCUGGGCAAAGUGCUGACGCCCACCCAGGUCAUGAAUAGACCAAGCAGCAUUUCAUGGGAUGGCCUUGAUCCUGGGAAGCUCUACACCCUGGUCCUCACAGACCCCGAUGCUCCCAGCAGGAAGGACCCCAAAUUCAGGGAGUGGCACCACUUCCUGGUGGUCAACAUGAAGGGCAACGACAUUAGCAGUGGCACCAUCCUCUCCGAAUACGUGGGCUCCGGACCUCCCAAAGACACAGGUCUGCACCGCUACGUCUGGCUGGUGUACGAGCAGGAGCAGCCUCUGAACUGUGACGAGCCCAUCCUCAGCAACAAGUCUGGAGACAACCGAGGCAAGUUCAAGGUGGAGUCCUUCCGCAAGAAGUACCACCUGGGAGCCCCGGUGGCCGGCACGUGCUUCCAGGCAGAGUGGGAUGACUCUGUGCCCAAGCUGCACGAUCAGCUGGCUGGGAAGUAGGGGUGCUGCAGAGCCCGCAGCCCGGGGACCCCACAGUACAGUCAAGUCGUAUAAAGCAUGUGCUGUGGGGUGUCCCCCCAUGCCCAUCCUUCCUUCCCACCCUCUCAUAGGGAGUUCUCAGUUGUGCUAGGUUACAGCUCUAGGAGGUCUUCUACUUUGUCCAGAACCAGGCCCAGUAACAUCUUUUGGGGUGGGCUUAUCAAUCCUCCCAUCUCGGCUGAGCCCUGACCGCCCAGGUCAGAUGGCUGCAUAGUUAUCAAUAUUCCUGGGCUGUUGCUCAGCAGUGCUGCUGUGUGGAGGCCAGGCUGUGGAGAGAGACCCUGUUAGCCCCUUACAUCUCAGUGGGAUAAGCAAAAGUCACCGGAGUUGCUGGGCGUGUUAAACCUCAUCAAAUACAAAUAAAGGGCAUUGCAUUCAGA